GUCAGUAAUAGAAACACACCAUGAAACAUGAAACAAAAGCUUGCUGUUGGUGUUGUUUCAUGUGUUUAGGUUGGAAAGAUGUUUGAUAUUAUUUCCACUGUGGUAGUACAAUGAAACGCCAACAUAACGAGCAGCCAAUCAGAUUGUUCUGAAAUUGUUCCCUCCCAUUUCAUAUGAUUACAUUAAGGCAGAUCAUCCUCUGAUACUGUUUAAAUUAACUGCUGUCUUACCUGAAUUAACAAGAAAAUGCUGUUUGGAUUUUAUAUCCUGCUCAUGCUCAGAGUUGGGCGAUGUGCAGACGAUCAGAUCUUUGUGACAAAGACUGUUAAUGUUGGAGAUAAUGUGACUCUGACAUGUAUCCGCCAGAAAGCUGUGUCUGCAGCAACCACCUUGUUCUGGAUCAGGCUUGUUUCUGGAAACGUACCUGAAUUCUUGGGAGGAACAUUUGCCUUUGAUCAUGAUGGUGUUAAUAAGAUUACUCACAUUACAACAAAACAAGAGCCUGGGACAUUUGUCCUGCAUAUAAAUAAAGCUAAGCUAAGCGAUGCUGGACUUUAUUACUGUAUAAAAGUAGACCGCCUUAAGAUGACAUUUUUGAACGGAACAUUUCUGAGGAUUAAAGGACCAGAACCUGAUAUCACUGCCAUCACUCAAGACUUUCCAUCUGAUUCAGUCCAUCCAGGAGACUCUGUGACUCUCCAGUGUUCAGUGCUCUCUGACUCUGAGAAUAAAAAGUGUCCAGAAGAACACAGAGUGUACUGGUUCAGAGCUGGAUCAGAUGAAUCUCAUCCCAGUUUUACUUACGCUCAUGGAAACAGCGGCGAUGAAUGUAAAAAGAGUCCUGAGAUUCGCUCUCCACAGAAAUGUUUCUACAGCUUCUCUAAGAACGUCAGCUCGUCUGAUGCUGGGACUUACUACUGUGCUGUGGCCACAUGUGGGGAGAUAUUAUUUGGAAAUGGAACAAAACUGGACAUUGAAGUUGUCAGCAGGUGGGAUUUACAGAAGGCCAACACAAUUAUCUACCUGCUGUGUGCUGCUGUGGCUAUAAGUCUGGUUGUAACAGCCUUCCUCAUAUAUUGCAUCAAGAGAAAAUCUUGUGAUUGUUGGAACGCUGCUGUUGCUCUGCAAACAAAUACUGAAACAGCCAGUGGUGGUCAACAAAGUCAGCAGAGAUAUCAGGACUCAUUGGUUUAUUCUGCACCAACCUUCACCAAGAAGAAAGCUGGCAAAGCAGGGAGAAGGAAUGCAAAAGCAGCAGAAGAAAAUUGUGUCUACAAUACUGUCAGGGUUCAGGGUUCAGAUUAAUUCACACACCAGAUUGUUUCUUAUAUUAAGUUUUUCUCUGUCAUAUUAUCUGUGAAAAUAGUGUUUAAGCUGUUCUAGCACAUGCCUUUCACCUCUGAACUCUGUAACACAAUGAUUUUUCAAUUUUGGAUAAAAGAUGUUUUGUGUAUCAUUCUGUUUUUAUCAUUAUUUCAAAAAAGAAAAUUAAUCAUCAUGCUGCAAAAAUAACAUCUAAUAGUUAAACAUUUAGAAUAGUCUUUAGUAUACCAUAUCUUUUAUAUCUUGUUUACUGUCUCAAGCUUGUGAUGACACCCAAACUGGCUUUUUAAAAGAUUCAUCUUGAAAGAGUUGGUUUGAAAUGAAUUAGCCAUGAGGAGAGUUUCCUAUUUGCCUUUUUUAUCUGAUUUGCAUUUUUAAGGUUUGAAAAUCUCAUAUGGUGCUCAUCUAGUAUCAAUUCCAUGAAACUGAUGUUUGUGUACAUGUUUUACUUUAGUUUUAAAUAAACAAAUAUGCAUCAUGAAAUUUGAAUUUUGAAAUGAAAAGCAGUUUAGAUUGUUUGUUUUUCUCAAGAACUAAAUCUUUCUCAACUUUUGAGAGCAGUCUGUCUGGAAAUCUGCUGGGUGCAACACUUUUCAGAAAACACAUUCUGACUGAUAUUCAACUUCCUCCUGUCGCUGUCUGUGCACAUUAUACUGUAACUUUAAAGCGAGCUAAGCUACAGACCUCUGCAGAAAGUUGGGGAGCAGUGUAAAGGUCCUGCUCUGCCUAUAGAGAGGGGUGUUGCUGGGUGUGAUAAUCUGAUCUAACAUCGUAGUACACACUCCUGUGUGUUCUCUCUCCUCAUUUUAUUCCUUCUUUUCACUUUCUGUGUGGAGAAAUCCAGCGCUGCAUAAUUCACUGCUGUUGUUUCACCAUCCUGCAAAAAAUAUAAUAUUUGUGUUUUUAUAAAAAACUUAGAGAUUACGACUGUAACAUCAUUAACUAAACAAUGAAGUUACUUUCUUAGAUGGCUUAUUUAAUAAAUGUCAUUAGCCUAAACGUGAAAUGUGUUAUUGAUUAUUCAUUCCUCUGUCAUGAAAGUAGCAGAUGUGUUAUAUUAUUG